UUUGGUAAAUUGAAAUCAAAAGGGCACCUUUUUUUUUUUAAGUUUCCAUUUGGGUUAGGAAUUAGAGUUUAAGAUCAGGUUUUUGGUUAUGGUUCUAUUUGCCGUUAGUUUCAAUUCAAUGUGUUCUUCUCAUAUUUAUUUACCACUCUUAAAAAAAAUGCUAUUUUUCCCCGUUUGGCUGUGGUAGAAUGGAUCAAGAAAACCAGGAAAAGGAGCCUAAGUGCUCUGAAGUUGUUGAUUCUGAUUUUUUGGAUCCCAAGGGUCCUAUACGCCAGAAGGAUAUACAUGAGGUCCAGGAAACCAUUGAAGGGGGUUGGAGUCAAGGAUAUGGAUUUUACUUCCAACAAAAUGGUCCUAGAUGAUAUAGAACAUAUGAUGGGAAUAGAGGACAUGUUUACCCAAGCAAAUGGUUUUGAUAAGGAGCAGAAGCUAAUGAAUGAGUUCGAGCAGGUUAUGAAAGGAACUGAGGAUCUUAUUUGUGAUAGUGAAUUAAUCCCCUUGAACUUGGGAUUGGAUAAGGCACAUAGUGAUGGCGGUGAAGUUGGGUUGAUGGAUUAACAAGCAGAAAUGGAAGAAGGAGAAAUUUCUGGAGACCUGGGAAUAAUAACAAUUCAUUUGAUGUGCUUCUGCAGAUGCUUUAAUAUUACAACAGAUGGAAGUUGAUGAGGUUCAGAAGCCUGAAAAUGUAACUGGAAACAUGAUAUAUCUUUCUAAGAUUGAGAAUCAAGAAAAGGAAAAAGGCUACGACUCUAAAUCCUCUAUGGUAAAUGCACUUCAAGAUGCCAAUAAUAGUGAAAAAGUGGAGCCUAGAACUAGUGGCAAGAAAGGGAUUGUAUGCGGAGUUGAAGUAGCAAUGUCUAAAGAAACUAUUGAAUGUCAGAAGGAAGAUAAAACGAAGUUGGAUAAUGCCAGUAAAAAGAAUAAGUGUGGUGGGAAUAAAGGAAAAAAGAAGGUAUUCUUCUGAUAUUGUUUUGAUUUUCUUUCUUGAUGUUAUAUUACUGUUAACUUUUGAUAUGGAUUUUGAAGCUUGUUAAGUCAACCUCUUUUGAAGCCAUUUCAACAUCAGUUAAAUGAUAUUCUGUUAUUUGUGAAGAAUAAUUUAUAAAUCUGUAUGUGUAGAGCAGAGUUGUCUCCACUUCUGUCCGGAAAUGCAAAUUCCAGCACACACCACUUAACAACAAUCAUGUCUCUAGUUCUGUCAAGCAAAACCACUUUUGACUAAUUCUGCAGGAAUUCAUUCUUGCACCAGUGUUGAACAUAAGGUGACAAACACUGUACAGAAACAGCCUAUACUACCUAAAGGAAUUAGUUUCAUCAAUCUUGCAAAAUUAUCACCCAGCUUUAGUUCACUGAAACAAGACACAGUAACAACCAAGGAAAGUCCUGUACAAAUUGGGACCCGUGAAGAUCAAAGUGCAUUUCACAAAACUCAAAAUAAGGUGGACAUUCCUAAGAAAUUACCGGCUGUGACACCUAAGGAAUAAAUUUUCUUUCUUUUGGCAAAGGCUCUGUCUGCAGUUUUAAAAGUGUGAAUAGGGAAAAUGGUAUCAAGUUGCCUCAGAUAUUCAAUUUUGGUUUGCCUGAGCAGGCAAAAUCCUCUCAAAAUAAAGUUGAUUACAACAAAGCUAGUGGCAGAACAAACAAAAUGCACCACAGACUGAUAUAUUCAUAACUGAGAUUUUAAGAAAAAAUCAAUCUGCGGCAGAAGAAAUGAAAUCAAUCGGUGUUAAAAAUGCU